AUGGACCGCGUCUUCGCCUGGGCCCAGGGCGCGACGGACGUGCAGGACUGCGUCUGCCACGACUGCCCCAGCGACGGUCCCGCGGGCGCCUACCGCAUCAAGAUCGUGCCGACGCUGAGCGACAACUACUCCUACCUCGUCGUCAACGCGAGCACGCAGGAGGCCGUCGUCGUCGACGCCGCCGACGGCAUGGUCGUGCGGACCGUCGCCGCGCGGCUCGGCGUGACGCUCGUCGCCGUGCUGACGACGCACUACCACGCGGACCACUGCGGCGGCAACGCGGACCUCGCGGCGCAGACGCCGUCCCUGGAGAUCAUCGCCGGCGCGGGCGACGCGGACCGCACGCCCUGCGUGACGAGGCGCGUCGGCGACGGCGAGGCGUUCGUCUGCGCCGGCCUCGCGUUCACGGCCGUCGAGACGCCGGGCCACACGCGCGGCAGCGUGUGCUUCCUGCUCGACGCGCGCGACGGCCAGGCGCCGGCGGUCUUCACGGGCGACACGCUCUUCAUCGGCGGCUGCGGCCGCUUCUUCGAGGCGCCGCCGGAGACGAUGCGCGAUAGCCUCGCGAAUGCGAAGCUGGCGCGCCUCGACCCGGCGACGCGCGUCUUUCCGGGGCACGAGUACACCGCGGGGAACAUGAAGUUCUGCUGCGCGCUCGAGCCCGACAGCGCCGACGCGCGACAGGCGUGCGAGGAGACGGCGGCGCAGCGCGAGAAGGAGCUGCCGACGGCGUCGACGAUGGCGCGCGAGCUGCGGCUGAACCCGUUCAUGCGGUCCGACGACGCGGCGGUCCAGCGCGCGGCGGGCUGCGAGGGCGACGCGGUCAAGACGCUCGCGACGAUCCGCCGGAGGAAGGACACGUUCACGACCGUCGGCAAGGUCAUCACCCUCUUUCUGGACACCAAGGCCGCGCUGGGCGGCGGGUCGGGGCCGUAA